AUGGAAGCUAUAGAUAUAGACCACGACCUGGUGGUCGUCGAGGAAUUCGACGCUCUGUAUGUGAAAACGCCAUCCCAGAUUCCCAUUGCUAACAUUAGCAAUACCCUUCCGUCCUCAUGCCCGAAACAACACGCGAGGAAAGUUGCCAAAGAACUUGGCACCGACAAUGGCCUCAUCUACUUGCCCGGCCAGCUAGAAUCGACAUGGGAAGAUUCGGAUCAGGGACCGCCGUUUCGGCAGCGACGGUAUUUCUACUACCUGACCGGAGCAGACUUCCCUGGUUGCAGCGUCACAUACGACAUUGCGGCGGAUAAACUUACUCUGUGGGUUCCGUUUACGCCUCCCGCCACCAUUCUCUGGUUCGGGAACACGCCCUCGCCCGACGACUGCCUCUCGCAGUCCGACGUCCACGAUGUCAAGUACGUCGGCGAGCUAGCCCAGUACCUCAGCGCGCGUCUGGCUACCGUCAAGACGCUGUACGCGCUGCGGCCCUCGCAGCUGCCCAAGUUCGAAGGCUUCGAGCAGAUGCGGCCGAGCCUCAAGAUCGACGUCUCGUCCCUGCAACCCGCCAUGGACGAGGCGAGGCUGAUUAAGAGCGAGUACGAGGUCGCCAUGAUCAAGAGGGCCAACGACAUCUCGUCGAACGCCCACCGCGUCGUCGCUAAGAAGGCGGCUGCCUUCAAGAACGAGUGCGAGGUCGAAGCCGCUUUCAUCGCGGCCUGCACUGCCGCCAAUGCGAAGACCCAGGCGUACCCCGUGAUCGCGGGUUCCGGACCUAACGCUUCGACGCUGCACUACGGCGCCAACAACGAGUCGCUGAUCGGCCGGCAGCUCGUAGUGCUCGAUGCUGGGGCUGAGUGGUCGUGCUACGCCAGCGAGGUGACGCGGACGCUACCCAUAGGCCCGCGCUCGCAGUUCACGCGCGAGGCCCGCGCCGUAUACGAGCUCGUGCACCGCAUGCAGGCCGAGUGCAUUGCGCGCAUCAAGCCCGGCGUCGUCUUCCGCGACCUGCAGCUGCACGCGACGCUCGUCGCCGUCGAGGGCCUGCUCGAGCUCGGCGUGCUCAAGGGCGGCACCGCGGAGGAGAUCUUCAAGAACGGCACGGGCGCGGCCUUCUUCCCGCACGGCCUGGGCCACCACGUCGGCCUCGACGUUCACGACGUUCUUAGCAGAGACCUCCUGAGGCCCGCCGGCGAGGGCAUGUGGGGCAAGCGAAGGCCCAUCGGCCCCCAGAGCGUGCGCGCCAUGAUCAAGCAGGCCGCGGCUGAGGCGCCGCCUCCUCCUCCCGCUACAGACAACAAGAAGAAUGCGGGCGCGGGUGCGGGGGCAGGAAAGCGGGCGACGCACAACACGCUGCAGCCGCAGAUGAUCGUGACGGUGGAGCCGGGGGUGUACUUCUGCAAGCCGUACAUCGAGGCGUACUUCCUGCGGCGCGAGGAGCACGCGCGGUACAUCGACCCGGCGGUGCUGGACCGCUACUGGGGCGUCGGCGGCGUGCGCGUCGAGGACUGCGUGCUGGUUACCGAUACGGCGUGCGAGGUGCUUACCACGGCGCCCAAGGGGAACGAGUUGUUGCGGAUGAUGGGGUAUGCGUGA